AUGAACGCCGACCAGUUUACAAAACCGGCAAAGCUCGAAUUCGAAGGCAACGUCGCCGAGAACUACAGACGAUUUCGCCAACAGUUUGAAAUAUACAUGUCUGCUACAGGAUUCGACGCGACAAACGUCCCGAAAAAGAAACAAGCCGCAAUCCUGUUGAACAUAGCUGGCGAAGAAGCUAUAGAAGUAUUCAAUACAUUUACAUUCGCAGAAGAUGAAGAUAAAGACGACCCUGAAGAUAUACUGGCGAAAUUUCAGAAUUACUGUGAGCCAAAGAAGAACAUUACUUAUGAAAGACAUAUAUUCAAUACGCGAGUGCAACAACAAACUCAAUCGUUCGAUGCGUAUUUAACAGAGCUACGUGUCCAAGCUAAGAAAUGUACUUAUGGUACGCUUCAAGACGAACUAAUUCGCGACAGAUUAGUUGUAGGAAUACGAGACGACAAAGUACGAAGUAGGCUACUUCGAGAGCCAGAACUGACUCUACAAAAAUGCAUUGACAUUGCACACGCCGCGGAAAUCUCACAGAAACAAAUGCAAGAAAUCAAAGAUGAAACGAACACAGUUCAUGAUGUAAGACCAACAUAUAGAACACUUACCGACAAAGAUCGCCCGAGAUAUGAGUCGCGGGGAAAGUCGCAAGAACGAAGAAAAUCAAAGUCAACUCGAAUGCCCGAUUGCAAAUACUGUGGUACACAACAUGCUUUCCGCAAAGAAGUAUGCCCAGCGUACGGAAAAAUAUGUUCAUCUUGUGGCAAGGGCAAUCAUUUUGCAAGAGUUUGCCAAUCAUCUAGAAGAGUUCAUGCAGCUAAUAUUGCCAGUAAUCCUGACUCAAGCGACGACGAUUUUUUUAUAGGAACAAUUAAAACGCAACAACAAACAGAAAUUGUACACGCCGUGGGCGUUGAUGAAUGGAUUUCAGAACUGGAAAUCAAUGGGCAAGCAGUCAAAGUCAAAUUAGACACAGGAGCAAAAUGCAACGUAAUACCAAAAUCGAUAUUCAAUCAGAUACGAUCCAACGACACAUUGCAGAAAUCAAACACAAAAAUAGUAUCAUAUGGAGGGCACAAGAUGGAUGUAUGUGGUCACACAACACUCUUGUGUGAAUACAAAGAAAAGAUGUACGUUUUGCGAUUUUAUGUCAUUGAUAGUGAUGAAUGCCCCAUACUUGGAUUGAAAGCUUGUCAAGAAUUGAAUCUCAUCCAACGAGUGAAUGAAAUGAAACUAACCACAACUGAAUCCAUAAUGCAAGAGUAUGCAGAUGUGUUUGAUAAUAAGACACUUGGAUGCCUGCCAGUACAGCAUACAAUCAACCUUAAAGAGGACGCUAAACCAGUAAUCCAUGCACCGAGGAAAAUUCCUGUCGCUAUACGCAGUAAAGUCAAAGAGGAACUAGAUCGCAUGCAACAUCUAGGAGUUAUUGAACCUGUCGAAGAGCCAACAGAUUGGGUGUCAUCUAUGGUUACGAUCACAAAGCCAAACAAGACACGAAUUUGUUUAGACCCAAGAGAUUUGAACAAUUCAAUCAAGCGAGAGCACUAUCCGAUGCCCACGAUAGAAGAGAUUGUAUCAAGAUUACCACAAGCAACUGUUUUUUCCACACUUGAUGCAACCUGUGGCUACUGGCAAAUACCUGUCGAUGAGAAAUCGUCUAAGUUACUUACAUUCAACACCCCAUACGGCCGUUUUCGUUUUCGUCGUUUACCCUUUGGAAUAUCAUCAGCAUCUGAAGUCUUUCAAAGGACGAUGAAUCAACUGUUUGGAGACAUAGAGGGAUGCGAGAUCAUUGUGGAUGAUAUCCUGAUCUGGGGUAAAGAUGAAGUUGAACAUGACGAACGCCUACUAAAAGUGCUAGAAAGAGCGAGAAAUAUAGGUCUGCGCCUUAAAGAAGAGAAAUGCAAGUUCAAAGUACCAAAGCUUAAAUACAUUGGCCAUACCCUAACUGCCGAUGGACUGAAGCCAGAUCCUGAAAAAAUCGAAGCAGUUAAGAAGAUGCCAGCACCUCAGAGCAAGAAAGAACUUCGUCGGUUCCUCGGAAUGGUUAACUAUUUGGCUAAAUUUAUUCCUGACCUAGCGCAGAAUACAAGCGUCAUAAGAGAUCUACUUAAAGAGAGAAACGAAUGGACAUGGCAACCUGAACACCAGAAAUGUUUUGAUGACCUGAAGACAGCAUGUUCAAGUCAACCAACACUAGUCUACUAUGACGUCAACAAACCCGUAAAGAUAUCAUGCGAUAGCAGCCAAUAUGGACUUGGUGCCGUGUGUUUGCAAGAUGAAAAGCCAGUGGCGUACGCCUCACGCACUCUCAACGACACCGAAAAACGAUACGCACAAAUAGAAAAAGAGUUGUUGGCAAUAGUGUACGCCUGUGAGCGUUUUCACCAAUACGUUUACGGACGAACAGUACAGAUCGAAAGUGACCACAAACCACUGGAGUCAAUAUUCCAGAAACCGCUUUACCAAAGCCCACUUCGGUUACAGCGCAUGCUUCUUAAGCUCCAAAGAUACGACCUGAAAGUGACUUACAAGAAAGGAACUCAGCUCCACAUCGCAGAUACCCUCAGUCGGGCGUGUCUCAACAACACAGAUCAAGAAACUGAAUUUGAAGACCUAACGGUUCAUGCAACCAUCCCAUUCUCCGCAGAGAAGAGUGAACAACUCAAGGCGGCAACACUCGCUGACCCAACACUAACAGCACUACGCAAAAUAAUCCUGGAAGGUUGGCCAAAAGAAAAAAGAGCAGUAGAUCCAAGCAUAAAGCAUUACUGGGACUUCUCUGAAACACUUUCUAUCUACGACGACAUAAUAUUCAAAGGAGAGAAAGUUGUAAUCCCUGCUUCGAUGAUUAACACGAUUCUCAAUUCGGUACACUCAGGACAUCGAGGUGCAGAGGCAUGUAAACGGCGCGCACGAGAAGCAGUUUAUUGGCCAACCAUGACGAAAGACAUACAAGAUCAUGUGGAGAAAUGCAAGCCAUGCAAUGAAGCAAAACCCCAACACCAAAAAGAACCACUCCUCGUACAAAGUCCACCGACACGACCAUGGCAGCAUAUUGCUACAGACCUUUUCGAAUUAGACAAGCAAAUAUACUUACAGCUGAUGCAUACUCCGGCUGGUUCGAAAUAGAUCACCUCCAAGACAUCAAAGCCACGACAAUCAUUAAGAAGAUCAAGAUGCACAUCAGCCGUUAUGGAAUCCCAGACAAGUUAAUGAGUGAUAAUGGUCCACAAUAUGAUAACCACCACUUCAAGAAAUUCAUUGCUGAAUAUGGAAUUGAGCAUAAAACGAGUUCCCCAAGAUAUCCCCAAAGCAACGGGUAUGCAGAAAGAGCGGUUCAAACAGCAAAGAAAAUUCUCAGCACAGCAAAGAAAAACAAUGAAGAUCCUUACCUUGCAUUGCUUGGUCAUCGCAAUACACCACGUGAUAACAUUUUAGGCAGUCCCGCCCAACGACUGAUGGCCAGACGAACGAAAACGUUACUCCCAAUAAGUGAUACAUUGCUCAAACCAUCUGUCAUCGAGCCCAGUGAAGUUACGAAACGCUUAUCACAUUAUCGACAGCAAAGCAAAAAGUACUAUGACCGCACAGCUAAACCUCUUCCAAAGUUGCAAAAGGGAGAUGUGGUGCGGGUCACAGACAUCAAAGGGAAAUACAUGAAAAAAGGAACUGUAAUAAACGAGACAAGUUAUCCAAGGUCCUACAUGGUAAAUAUAAAUGGACGAAACUAUCGAAGAAAUCGUCGCCAUCUUCUGAAAGUGAAAGAAGAACCAGAUAGUGAGCAUGAAUACGACACAAUCGUAGAACCGAUCAAUCAGCAAGAAACCAUCGUAGAACAAACCAAUUGGCAAGAAACAAUCGUGAAACCAAGUCAAGUUACAGAUCACCAAGAUGACCACGAGAGACAACAUGGUUUACCAAGAUCUCGUUUUGGAAGAGUUAUCAAACCACCUGAUCGCUUGAACCUUUGA